GCCGGGUCGACUGCUGAAUUUCCCUCAAUGCACAUCAUCUCCGCAGGAUCUUUCGCACACCAUCUACGGAGCGUUGCCGGAGAACCAUACGCGAGGUAGGCGUAGCAGUAGGAGAAGCACCACGCGAGUAUCCUGCACAGCGGCGUCCGCUGCGCCAGAACACGGAUUUUCUAAAAUAUGAACAAGCCGCCGCCGCAAACACCAACUAGCCGUGGUGGUGGCUCUUCUGGCGGCAGGAACCAGGCGGAGGGAGGCCGGAACCUUGUUGUGCCCGUUGGAAGUGGAGGGGCGGCAACCGCAGUGGGUGCGGCGGCAGCACCAACACCGGCACCGGUACCGGCGGCAGGUGGGAGAGCAGGCGGCGGUGGCGGCAGAGGCGGCACGAGGGGGGGUAAGCGCGGCGGGGAUGCCGGAGCGCCGGCGUCUUUCUUGGAUAAGCUGUGGAACAUUCUCAACGAGCCACACCUGUCGAAGCACAUCACUUGGAACAAGGAUGGCGACGGCAUCUUGAUCAAUUACCCAGCCCAGUUCGCCAAGGCCGUGCUCCCCAAGUACUACAAACACAAUAACUACCAGUCCUUCGUCCGCCAGCUCAAUAUCUACGGCUUUCAUAAGACGCGGCACGACGAUGACGGCGAUGAGGACUCGUGCGAGUUCAAGCACCAAAACUUCAGGAAAGGACAGCGACACCUGCUGGGCCUGAUCCGCCGGAAGGGUCACAGCAUGAGCGCUAGCAACAGCGGCAGCAACAACAACAACAACAGCAACAGCAACAGCAGCAGCAGCAGCAGCAAUCACAACAGUGGCAGCCCCUCAGCUGGCAUCAGGCACCACGAUAGCCACAGCGUGACGGCCCAGGAAACGAAGGGAAGCGUGGAUCGCAUCGCCGUCGAGCUUCGGGCCAUGUGUAACAGAGUGACGCACCUGGAGGCCGAGAUAGGCCUGAUCAAGCACCGCCACAACCACCUCCGAGCCGAGAGCCAGGUGUUGUUGCGGCUUCUCCUGUCGGAAGGGGGGCGGCGGCUAGAGGAAAAGGCUCUGGCGGUGCUUGGACAGUUGCCCCACACAUCGGGCGAGGCAGAGCUGUCGGAGCUGCCGUACCUCGGACUUCGCCCGGAGGACCACGAACAAGAACAGCAUCACCACCAACACUACCAAUACGCGGACGCGAGAGGGCCAACCCCGAUGCCGGAGGAACGCCCCGCCCAUUUCCGCGGCAGAAGCUUCGGCGGCGAGCGUUUCGUGGCGGGAGACGCGGCAGAAGACGGGGACCCCACGGCGAGAGGAGGAGGGGUGGGUGCCGCGGGGUACUCCAGGAGCGGCGCCGCGCUCGCGAGCGUCAUCGCAGCCGCCCUGGUUAGCAAUGCGAGCGAGGAGGACGGCGAGGCUGAUGGGGCUCUCCACGACCCGCCCCGACCGCGUCUCGGCGGUCCGGGGCGAGGGACAGCUUGGGGAGGAAUGGCGCCGAACAUCGACCUCUCGUCGCCAAGCCGCGGUUUGGCCACUGCGACGUUUUCUGGCCCGGCCACCGGUGGCUCAGGAAACGGGGCUGCUGAGUUCGGCGGCUCUGGCAAUGCUAGCUGCAAUGGCAGCGAGGAGGGUGCGGCAUGGCUAUCCUCGGACGCGGCAGCUGCAAGUCACGGUUCUCGCGCACCUCCGGUCGACGAUCGGGGCCGUUCAACGGCACCUGUAGCACGGGCGGCAGAACCGGCGGCGGCGGGAGGGGGCUCACGGCCCCAAGGCUCUUCACCACGAUCUAACUACUUGUACUCGGUUCGUGGGGAAAGAGAGCAAGUGGAGGCAGGGAGAGGGGUAGUGAGGACGGAGAAACGACCAAAUAGGGGGAGUGGGGAAGGGGGCACCCCCGGAGAAUGGGGUGGCGGAGGAGGGCAGAACGGAGCGGAUCAUUCUGGAAGUGUGGCAAGGAGCAAGCGAAGAGCUGUGUGAUGGGGGGGCAUGAUUGUCUUUCGCGUGUAGGGCAUUUCAACCUUUGCUUGACGGCGGUGCUUGCUUUCUCGAUCUGUACCACGGCCUAUAGAUUGUCGAUGGAUGGUGGACGGUGGAGCGUUGGAUCGGUGGGUGUGAUUUUUCCUAAAUACCAGUUUUUUGUCCAAUUGAAGGUGUACUCGUCUGUUAUUUCGUGUCCGGACUUGCGGAGGAUAUUUUCGAAGCGAUUUGGUGUGGCCUUCGUGUUACUACCACUGUCAAGAAGGUAGCAUCAUCUGUGGGCGUGCUGUCGUCAGCGACUUGCCGCUCCAGUGCCAUGGGGGCACCGGGCACGUGAAGGAAGGUCCAUGAGUCCGUGUAUAGCCCUCGCAUGUGCAAAGGGUCAAAGGGUAGAGGGUGUGCUUCAAAACUGUACAUUAUUCACGUGAGUGUGAAGGCGUCGGCGUGGUUCACGCGCGAGUAGGCGUUCUUUGGUCAAUUUCGGGUGCUUGGGGCGACACAAAGUAGAAAGUAGAAUAUCUUGUUUUGUUCUGGCUGACGCAAAAAUAUAAGCGGACGCGACGUGGCGUUUGGUAUGUAGAUGCAACACGCAUGCCCUCGGGCUG